AUGGUUCAGGUCAUCGAGAAGUAAGUGGGAUUAAUGAUAUCCUUUGAAUCUCUCUCCCCCGUCCUCCCUCGCUGUCCGCAAAGUGCUAACGCCUCUGAAAGCUCCGAGGAUUACAAGAAGGCUAUCAAGAACAAGGUCGCCAUCAUCGACUGCCAUGCGGUCUGGUGUGGUGAGUGAAACUGAUGCAAACCUUCUGGUAAUGAUUGACGCUACGAUAUGCUGACAUCAUUUGUAGGUCCCUGCAAAGCCAUUUCUCCAAUCUUCGAGAAACUCUCCUCUGAUGUCAAGGGUGUUGAGUUCUUCAAGAUGGACGUUGACGAAGUUCCUGACGUUGUUGCUGAACUGGGUAUCCGUGCCAUGCCCACUUUCCUCUUCUUCGAGAACGGGAAAAAGGUUAAUGAGUUUGUCGGUGCCAACCCGAGAGGCCUUACGGUCCGUGCUCCGCAUCUAAUUUUGUGGUUUUUCGAGACCAACUAACAUUUUCUGAAACAGAAUCUUGUCUUGGCCUACCAUGAGAAGCCCAAGGCUGAGGAGGAGAAGCCCGAGGCCGAAGGGGAGAGGCCCAAGACCGAAGAGGAGAAGCCCAAGACCGAAGGGGAGACCACCCCCGCUCCUGCCACUUCCCAGUAA